AUGCCACUGAUUUCUCUCAAUGACGACGUCCUGGAGUACAUCAUCUCCUUCGUCUCGCCUUCAGACGCUCUCCGACUUGCGAAAACUUGUCGUCGUGCCUACGCUGCAGCAAUCCCACAAAGUCAUUCUCAUAUCGCAAUUACCACUCCGCAGAAAUUGGCCAGGUUCUGUAACUUCAUGCUUGCCGAUAGCCCUCGUCGUCCAUCCUGUCUCGAAGCCAUUACAUUAAGAGACUCAGCGUUCCGAUUUUCAACAGCAGGACAAAUGUGUCCGGACUAUUCUUCUACUUCUCAACUCUCCGAAGUGCUUCGCCAUGCGAGCGCUUUGCAGUCCCUGACGCUAUAUCAUCUGGAAAAGGUGCUCGAAAUCGAGCCGUCGCUGAAAGACGUGCUGGCCGCCCUUACACGCCUUAAGAAUGUUUCCUUCUUCCAAUCAGGCUCUCAGUCUUUUGAUCUACUGUCGCGACUGGCCAGCCGUCCUCGAUACCUCGAAAUCGGUGGAAAGGGAAGGGUGCUACAGCGUGCGCCUGCUGGUCUUCUGGCUCCACUGGCUACCUCGCUCGGUAUCCUGAAGUUGUGGUCUUCCGCUACUCUCCUCGACACGGUUGAUAGGAACUGCAGAUUCUUUCGGGUCCACACUUUGGUGAUAAAUGAGCAACGCUCGUUGUCCCGCCUUGCGCAUCUAUUUCCAAAUGUUCGAUCUCUCCACCUCCUGCAUAUAGGACCUACCAGCGUCACUUGGGAUGGCCUACCGCAGUGGAAUCUCCUUGAUCACGUCGAGAUCUACACCGCCGCUCCAUUCUCCGGUCAUGUCCGGCGACUUGAGAUCGAAUUCGGCUCAAGUCUCAGCCCGGUCCUCGACGAUGUCUAUCGGAUGCUGCGAAACACUUCUCCAGUGGUGCUCUGCGUUGGCCUGGAGCCUACGCUAUUUUUGCAGCUUCCAGAACUGGCACCUCACUUGAAGUAUUUGCAGCUUACGGACAUAGAGGCAGUGGGCGCAGAGCCCGAAGUCUACGUCGAGAGGAGCCUGCAAAAUAUCGCGCAGGGGCUCAGCGCGCUCCCUCUCGUCGGCCUGCUGCUGCGCUACGCCACACAUUGGGAAGGCAACCGGUGCAUCGGCGCUGAUAGCCUGCUGCAGUUGGCGCAGGAAGUGGCAGCACGCAUAUCCACGUUAGAGUACGUUGGCUUUGAUGGGCGCAACACAUACAUGCAGCAGACCCUGCCGCUAGCGUACUCAUGGUUCUGCGUUGGAUCACGGGCGGAUGGGAGCCCUAGCAUGGAGUUACUCUCCCAGCGGGAGGGCUGCAAGACUGAGGAGCAUUUGCUCGCCCUGGAUUCUGCGCAGUGA